AUGUAUGUUUUACACUUACUUGUAUUAAGCAUUUUAAUCGAAGUAUCCAAUACGCACUACUCUAUCUAUCAUUCUGAUCAAGUUUUACCGACUAAACUUGGCUUCGACUGUCUCUAUGCUCAUUUAACAGAUAACGAAGCAUACGAGGAUAUUCGUACUGAUACGACAUAUCAUUUAAUACCGUAUUGUCGAAGACCGACUGAACACGAGCAAGACGACGAAGAAAACACAACACUCUUAUUUAAUAACACAUAUAAUAGCAUGACAUACGCGGAUUUACGUCAAAAUGGUGUAACAACGGAAGAGUUACUUAAUUGGUCAGCACCUAUUGAUCUUGUUGAACGAUAUGCAAUCAACACGAUAGAUAAAACGAAUGUAUUUUACAAUUGUUCACCGCCUUGGUUCGGAUCCCGUUGCCAAUACAAAUUCGACAAUGAAGUUUCACUAUCGUUUGAUCAAAUUCUUCGAUUAAAUUUUCUUACACGGAUCAGAAUUACGGAUACUAUGCCAGAUUUUAGUCUUGGCACAUGUUAUCCAUUUUUGCCGAUGUGUUCCUAUAAAUUAUCAUCAAUGUGUCUUGAUUGGCGUGAGAUUUGCGAUGGAAAAUAUGAUUGCAUCAACGGUGAGGAUGAACAAGAUUGUCAAACUAUGGAAACGAAUGAAUGUCCUGACAAUAUGUAUCGAUGCCAUUAUGGUGGACAAUGCAUUCCCUUAGCAUUUGUGCGAGAUAAACAUAACCAUAUAGAUUGUCUCGAUGGGACAGAUGAAACUCUGCUAAUCGAACAAAUGAAAACUGUAUUCGGUGCCUUCUGCUUCACAAUUCCAACAUUUCAAUGCGAAGAACAUACGAGUCGUUAUCAACAUUCCUUUCAAUGCGGUGAUGGACAUUACUAUCCUUUUCAUUCGAAGAGUCGAACUGAUAUGAGCUGUGACAAUGGUCGAUACUCAAACUUGAAAUUAUCUCGAAAUCAUACUUUUACAAAUAUUUUCCACGAAUCUUGGAACCAACUAACAGAAUCGACAUUGCAGUCUAAUAUGCACAUUUGGAAUCAAAUAUUGACGAGUUCAGAAUCCAUGUACACAGUCAUUUCUUGCAAGAUUUCGUGCAUAGCUGAACGGCUCUUCAAAAUACAAAUGUACACCACUCAUUCGAUAUUUCAUUUCAUCUAUUUGCCGAAUCGAACAUUUCAGGAUUUCUAUCGUCAUCUGCGACCUGAUUUCAUUUGUUUUUACCCGCAGGAUUGCUUACACCUGGCUAGAGAUGCUAUCGAUAUUGGUUUAGAUAAUGGACUGGUAUGUUAUCCUACGAACGUUAUUACGAACGAGUCGUUAUCCAAUGAAACACAACUACGAAAAACUCUCGAUCAGCUGUUUUAUCGCUGUGUGACCACAGGGAUCGAACAGAACUGUUCGCAUCCAUCCCUGUUUCACUGUCCUAUUUCAUUGAAAUGUAUUUCCAAACAUCGGCUCGUUGAUGGUAUUACUGAUUGUUAUUAUAAUGAAGAUGAACUAGCCGAUAGUUGCCAAUUGAAUCACUCACAACGAUUUAUUUGUUCAUCGAAACCGAAUAAAUGUUUAGCGCCUAUUGCUUUAUACAAUCGAAAGAAUGAGUGUCAAGGCAAAGAAGAUGAAAUGGAUGAAACUCAACGGAAUAUUAUCAAAGGAUAUGUACCAGUCGGUCUUUUAUGUGACGGUACCACGGAACAUUUAUUGGAACAUGCAAACGAAACUGAUGAAACCAAUUGUGAAUAUUGGCCAUGUUAUAAUCCGUAUACGCGUUGCGAUGGAGUUGCAAAUUGUCCUGAUAGUACGGAUGAACUCAAUUGUCCUCGAUUAGAAUACACUGUACGCAUAGAUUCGUGCUCGAAAACGAUUGUUACGAAUUUAUUUUGUGAACGUGCGAUGCGCUCGAUUGCGCAGAAGUUCGAUAGUAAAAUUGUUUAUCCUAACAAGCGCAACACAACCAAAGAAAACAUUACUGAAUGUUCAAGAACGCCGCAAUGUUUUUCCAUCUCACAGAUAUGUCAACUCGACGUGUUAAAUGCAGCUUUUGAUCAAUUCUGUCAUACAUCUACUUACAAUCAGCCAUACGAGACGAUCAAGCACGAUUCGAAUUUACAUCGUCACAACUAG